GCCCACCGCCGCUUCAUAAAUCAUAACACCGCCGCUCGCUCGCGGCCGCCGCCACCACCACCACCAACUCGUGCGUGCCUGCGCCUGCCUCCCCUCCACCCACAUCCACGGGCGCGCGGCAGAGGUCAGAGGAGCAGGGAGCGCCGAUCGGUCGAGCGAGGAUGGGCAACUGCCAGGCGGCGGAGGCGGCGACGGUGGUGGUGCAGCACCCGGGCGGCCGCGUGCAGCGCCUCUACUGGGCCACCAGCGCCGCCGAGGUCAUGCGCGCCAACCCGGGCCACUACGUCGCGCUCGUCACGCACCGCGCCGACGCCGAGAAGCUGUCGCAGGGGGAGCAGCACAGGCACGGCGCGCGCGUCACGCGGGUGAAGCUGCUCAAGCCCCGGGACACGCUGGUGCUCGGCCAGGCGUACCGCCUCAUCACCGUCGCCGAGGUCACCAAGGCGCUGCAGGCCAAAAAGGAGGAGAAGACCCGGAGGGCGCAGCAGCUGCAGGUAGUUCAGCCGAAGCACGCCGGCGGGAGGACGGGCUCCGGUGACAACUCGCUGCCGCAGCAGGUUGCGGAUGACAGCCUUGAUCAGCAGGAAAAGGACGGCCAACGGAGCAGCUCAAGUUCGGCGGCGCACUCUGGCGCGAGGCAUCGCCAUUGGCGCCCUUCUCUCCACAGCAUCGCCGAAGUCAGCAGCUGAUGUGUGUGUGUGACAAAUCCGUAGCCGGUGAAUGAGCAGCUAGCUGCGUCUCUAGAGUCCAUGCUCGAUCAUCAGCCUCCAAGCCUUCUUCCUGCAGAGGAAGGAUGAGACAAUCUGUCCGGUCGGUUCCUGUGUUCUUCGUACAAACCAAACGAACACUUGUUCCCACGGGGCUCGUAGUUAGAAUCAAGCCCCAUGUGUAAUAUAAGAAGUGACAGAUCUUGCUCAGGUCAUUUUAGCGAGUCUAAGAUCGAUCGAUCCGUUGGGAGCUGUGACACACUGAUGAAAUGGAAAAUGUUGCAAAAAAAGCAGUGUGCUGUUAUAUUCAGAUUUCGGACCUGA